AUCCAAUAAAUGUAUUGGUGGAUGCUUCAGGAUAAUAGCUAACGCUAUCUACCGACUUAAUAUAAUAGUAUUUCUCAAAAACACUGUUAGCUAGCAGUUAAUAUAGUUGCCUCGUUUUAUGAAAUGGGUGUAGCUUACAUUUGGUUUCGUAACCAAGCUGCUGCAUCUAGCUAGCGGUUAGCUAACGUCUGUUGUAUUGUAAAAUAUGUCUAUUGAAUGACUAAGUCGAUGUACACAAACGGUUUCAGAUGGCUAACUAUCUAGGUAGCUACGUUAAUGUGGCCAUUAUAUUAGCUAGCUACACAUACACGUCAUGGUGGGAGUGAUUCACAGCUCAAAUUAUAACUUUUGUGUCGCGAGCGUGACACUUGUGAAUACCCUGUUUGCAAUAGCUCGCUAAUUUGACAAGUUCGACAAAUUAACUAGCUAGCUUUGUUUUAAAUGCGUCGAUGUUUUGUGGUAUACGAAUGCAGAGACUCCGUGUGACUACAAUUUCGUCUCACAUUUUCCUCAAACUUCAUAUGGAUGAAGUAACCAAGGUAGCUAUAAUUGACACACAUUUGAGAUGAGGGUCACAAGUACUUUUUGAGAAACUUGCAAAGUAAGGUCCCCAUUUGAGGCAUUUUUGUUCUUUCAGGUGAUUAUAUUUCCAAAACCGGUGUUUGUUUGCUCAAAUGGCUUGAGCUCUUGCAAUAAGCCUAUACUUUGACAUGAAGCCAGACUUUCUGUUCCCUGCUAUAUUUAAUGUUUCCGGCGCUCUAUGCAUGUCUUUCUGUGUCUUGUGUGCGAGCGUCUAAUGAUAAUAUUAGCUCAUAUAUUUUUGAAGUCUGUCUUGCAUCAUAACAAUCACAUGGCGUGUAAAUUAUUGUAUAUGUUCGACGGCUGUUGUAUUUUCAUACAAAGAAAUAAGCUCCCCAAUUGGUAAUACUGUCAUCUGUUAUCUUUAUAAUGUUACCUAAAUGUAUUGAAAUAAAAGACUGCUUCAUAACCAACCCCUUUACAAAUUGUUCCUGUCUAAUGCAUGCUUCGUUUUCUAGUUUGUAGGUAAGAACAACUCUUUCUCUGUUAGAACAACAAGAGAUUUUACUGUAUUGUGACAACUUUUUGUCACGAAGUACAUUUUUAAAAGUUGCAAUAAACUUAAAGCCUUCAUGCAGAGUAUGGUGCAUUGACCUUUUUUUUUAAUUUGGUGAGGCAGUCGAAUAUGCUUGUCAGGGAAUAAUAAGAUGUACUCUGUACUUGCCUCUGUGUGUCAUCAGUCAAGUGGCACUGACAGCAAGCGGCUUCUGAACCAAAGAUGAGGUGGGAAAAUGAGAUUAAAGGCAUACUCUUUCCCUGUGUAUCAGAUCUUGUGCUUGUCUUAGGCUAAUUGUUUGCACUACUUAUUGGGGCAUAUCGUACUUGUUCCUGUCUCUUACUGUGUUAGUGUAAUGCUCUGCCUGUCUUGAAAGACACCAUUUAAGCCAGCUGAAUAUGUGCAUUAGCUUAUCCAUGUGAAAUUGCUGUAGAUAACAUGAGCUAUAGCCAAAGCACAUCUGUUUCAAAGGGUACAUUAUGUAAUUUACUUCUUUGGAGACUUUUACAAGGUGCUUUUGUUAUGAAGUGUAUUGCACAUUUUUUAAAUUUCUGAUUCUCUGUGUACCUGAGCUCGUUAAAGCUCAAAAUUGAAUUGUCAGUAAAAGAAGCUGUUUAAUGGCAGUUUACAAGGAACACAAACAGAGCAGAGCUUGUGGCUUAGAGUCAUUUAUCGACAUCCAGCACAAUGAAAUCACAGUAUGUACUGUAUUAUAUUUGCUUGGCAUGGCUUGAUAAUGAAUGCCUGCCAAUUUCCGGGGUCAGUCAAGGAUAAUUUAUUAAAAGAUGGGUUAUUUUAGUUUUCUGGAGGAGGUUAGGUUUACAUGGCGCCUUAGGUUGACAUUUUCUUCAUAUGUCCAUGAGUAUGUAGCUAUAGGGAGAAGUAACUUCUCUGUUGAGAUUUUCUGUAAUACAUUUAGUAGAAUUUUUUCAUUUAUUUAGUUUAUAGUAAGUUACAUUACAUUAUUUUUCAUAUUGCAGAUAAGGAAAAAUAUUGAAAUAGAAAUCACAAGAAAAAUAUGGCUGUAGGAUAUUACUACUAACCCAAUACACUAAUAUCUGUCAGGCUACAUUAUAUAGAAUACAGAUGGUGACUGAUGCACAGAUUCCUGAAUGCUGCAUGGUGUUGUCUCUAAAACAUCCCGUAUCUGUAGGGUUGGCUAGGUAAAUUAGGUCCAUUCAUUGUGGGAAUGGGCAGUUACUAUUAUUUUUAUUGUCAUGUGCUCUCUGCCAUCAUGCAGAUUAUGGAGUGAAUGCCGCAAUAGCAACAGGGACAGGGGUGCUGGUCCGGGGUAGAUGAUUAAUAGGUAUGCCAAAGGAAAAAUAUGAUCCCCCGGAUCCUCGCAGAUUAUAUACCAUCAUGUCAGCCGAGGAGGCAGCCAAUGGAAAGAAGUCUUACUGGGCGGAAUUGGAGAUCUCUGGGCGGGUAAAGAGUUUGAGUAGCUCGCUCUGGACACUGACACACUUGACCGCGUUGCAUCUUAAUGACAACAGCCUUAGCCGCAUUCCGCCAGAAAUCGCCAAGCUCCAGCACCUGGUCUAUCUGAACCUGUCCUCCAACAAACUGCGCAGCUUGCCGGCAGAACUUGGAAACAUGGUGUCUCUCAGGGAAUUGCUUUUAAAUAACAAUCUUUUACGGGUUCUGCCUUAUGAACUUGGGCGGCUGUUCCAGCUACAAACCCUAGGUUUGAAAGGAAAUCCUCUAUCACAAGAUAUCCUCAAACUCUACCAGGAGCCUGAUGGAACCAGAAAGCUCCUUAAUUACAUGCUGGACAAUCUAGCAGUACACCCAGAACAACUUCCCCCAAGACCAUGGAUCACUCUGAAAGAACGAGAUCAAGUUAUCCCCACAGCUGUGUUCACUGUCAUGUGUUACAAUGUGCUGUGUGACAAGUACGCUACACGACAGCUAUAUGGCUACUGUCCAUCCUGGGCACUCAACUGGGAGUACAGGAAGAAGGGAAUCAUGGAGGAAAUCGCCAACUGUGAUGCUGACAUCCUCAGCCUUCAGGAGGUGGAAACCGAGCAAUACUACUCCCUUUUUCUUCAAACGCUGAAGGAGCGUGGAUACGAUGGUUAUUUCUGUCCAAAGUCCCGUGCCAAAUUAGUGUCAGAACAAGAAAGGAAACAUGUGGAUGGCUGUGCAAUAUUCUUCAAAACCGAGAAAUUUACACUAGUGCAGAAGCACACUGUAGAGUUCAAUCAGGUUGCUAUGGCAAACUCUGAAGGAUCAGAAGUCAUGCUGAAUCGAGUAAUGACAAAAGACAACAUUGGGGUUGCUGUAUUGUUGGAAGUCAGUAAGGACAUCUUUUCCGGUGGGACUAAGCCCUUGCAGGAGAAACAGCUCCUCCUGGUGGCCAAUGCGCACAUGCACUGGGACCCGGAGUACUCGGACGUGAAGCUGAUCCAGACCAUGAUGUUCAUCUCGGAGCUGAAGAGCAUCGCAGAGAAGGCCUCUGGGUCUGAGGCAUCCAGCUCUCCCACGUCUGAGCCCGUCUCCAUCCCCAUCGUCCUGUGUGCAGACCUCAACUCUCUGCCUGAUUCAGGCGUGGUGGAGUAUUUGAGCAAUGGCGGUGUGGCGGAGAAUCACAAGGACUUCAAAGAGCUGCGGUACAACGAAUGCCUGACUAACUUCAGCUGCAACGGGAAGAACGGGAACUCUGAGGGCAGCAUCACACACGGCUUCCAGCUGAAGAGCGCGUACGACAACAACCUGAUGCCUUACACCAAUUACACCUACGACUUCAAGGGCGUGAUUGACUACAUUUUCUAUUCCAAGACUCACAUGAGCGUUCUGGGUGCUCUGGGCCCCCUGGAGACCCAGUGGCUGACGGACAACAGCAUCACGGGCUGCCCCCACCCCCACAUCCCCUCCGACCACUUCUCCCUGCUGGCUCAGCUGGAGCUGCACCCGCCCCUCUCCCCCCUCAACGGGCUGCACCUGCCUGUGCACAGGUAGUGCAGCCCCAGCAGACGUGUACCGCUGUAGAGCCACCGCCCGGAGUAAAGUACCACCUUCACACUGACUGGCACUUCCCAGCUGCUCCUUUUUAACUUCUGCACAUGGAUUUUAUUCAUCUAUUCUCCAAAGGCUUGAUACCAAAUUAGGGUUGGGAUUCUUAUUUUCCUGCAUCAUGUCCGAGACAUGCUGCUUUAGGCAUAAGAAGUAAUAAUUGUCCGACUCUAAAAAAACGUUCACUUCGAGUAUCAGCGUUUAGCUUCAGACUCCUGGUGCUCGACUACUUUAAAUUUGUACCUCCAGCAGUGUGUCGUCAUCGCUGGCUAAAAUGACACUCAAAAGUGUGACAACCUGACGUUUCAAACACUAUUCAAUGUGAACACACUGGCAUAUUGGGAAACUACCUGAAAUGUAUUCUUGCACAUUGUCAGGAAUUAUUUAUAAACGAUGAAAACGGCAUCCCAGCCCUACUCUCAGAAAAGAAACAUUUGAUAGUGUCACUUUGCUAUUUUUACUAUGCAUUUCCUUGAUUUGCUUGCGAGCAGUUUGUGUCUGAAUCAGAGCAGUGUUACUUUAAGUUGAAAUUGGAAGCCCCCUAUGUUGCUGUGGUAUGGCUAUUCUGCCCUUCACAGCUGAACUCAUGGAGCUGCCAGUAGCAUCACGCCUUUGCAGAUCAGCACAUUCAGAUGAACUGAAUUCAUAUUCAUAUUCUGCUACUAAAUCUUUUGGUCUAUUUUAUACCAUUUCAUUUGUUAGAACUCCCCCUUUUCUCACUUACCACGAGGUAGUAUUAGACUGUUUUUAGCUUGACAUGUGUCAACAGUAUGUCUCACUUGUGGGACAUUUCUAUUUAAGGUAUUUGCCAAAAUUAAUAAUGAAUAUAAACAGAGCUCUCGGCUGGAACAUUUGAAAUCUUUUGGAUAUAUUUACAAACAUUUCUAAAUGGGCUUUGAGUUUUCUGUAAAAAAAAAAAGAAGAAAGAAGUUAAAAAUUAAUAUCUGCAAAAAAAAUCAUAUCUAUUUAUUGUCUUAGGAAGAUUUUGACAUUCACAGAUGGCUAUCCUGGUGGUCAGUUAAAGAGAAACCUUCUCAGUGGUGUAGUUUUAAACUCAAUAAUUGAAUAUGCAGGGUUGUACUCUAAAUGUCCUAGAGUGUCCUUUGUGAAACUGUCACUUGUUGCCCCUCAGAAAAACAUAACCAUUUCUCUAUUUGGUUCGGUAUUUGCUAUUCUAUUAUGCAUUUUUAAAAUAUUCUGUUUGCUGUUCUUUUUUUUUUCUUGCAUAUGUGGCAUUUAUGAAUGAAGCCAUAACAUUGUUAAAGCACAUAAGUUAUUUUUUUAUGUAUUCAGAGCUUGGAACUUUAAGGUGAAAUUGCAUUUGUGAAGUGUGAGCCUUGUCAUUUGAUACAUACAGUAAUCCACUGCCUGCACGUUAUGUCUCUGUGAUACAAGCUUUGCUUCUUUUGCACACAACGAUGAUGCUUUAACUGAAAUCCCCCAGGUUUCGGCAGCUGAAUUCAGCACCUUUCUGGAGACAAGGCCCAGACUUCACUCCCAGCACUUGAAAUCUCUUUAUAUAGACUGGAGUUACAACUUCAUCUACAGUACAAUGAUUGUAUUUAAAAAAAAAAGAUAUGCCCAUUUUGUUGUCUAUUGUACGACAAAUCAUUGGAGGGAAUGUACCAUAAUCUGCUUCAGGUUACCGUUUUCUUUCUUGCAGUCAUGGAAGUGUAUGGUGAUGAAUACACAGAUUUGCCCAUUUGGGCAAUGCACCACAGUGUAGGCAAGCCCCUUUGAGACUGUCAAACUAAGUCCAGUGGCAGUCCAAACAAUAAGUGAACCUGGUUUAUUUUUCAAUUUAAUUUCCCUUUGGUUUUGCUCCCUUUUUCUUCAAGGGAUACAUUUUUGUACGUACAUGUAUGAAAAUUCUGUGAUACAGUAUUAAACAUUGGUGUUGAAUAUG